AUGUUAGUGGCAAGCUCGUAUUCAGCAGUGUCCAAUAUUGAGUUGAUGAUUUUGCAUGCCAGUGCACUGAGUGCCCGGAGCGCGCACUACCGUCUGGAUGCAUUCCGACGUGUGUUUUCGAAUCGAACAUAUGCUGCGUAA